AUGUACAGAUUUACCAAAAUAACAUCAUACGAGUACAAUCAACACAAAACACUAGAGCUGAGGUCGAUAUUAAAUAAUCAGUCCAGUCGACCAUCCACUUUUGUGGCAAGUGAGUUCUAUUCAUCUGUGGAUAGUUUGAAAAUAUUGGGCAACAUGGAAGCCACACUCAUACAAAACUAUAGACAAUAUUUGAAGCUACAAAAACGGGAUAUAGACAAUGUUCAAAGAUUUAUAAAAGAGGUUAAAUUUCAUCAUGAGCUGGCUAAAGAGGAUGUUGCCGAUUAUAUAGGAAAUCCCACCAAUGCUUUUACGUUAAUCAAACGCAUGGUUAGCGAUUGGAAGGAGUUGUUUGAAUUUCUCAAAUUUCGUGAUGUUAAAACGGAUAUUGAGGAAUCAUUGACCCAAUUUGAAAAUGAUUUUCAACUACCGGAUGAAGGUGAAUUGAAAGGUGCCAUCAGGGGUUUGAGGCGAUUACAAUCUAUUUAUAAAUUAAAUGCUGAAGAUAUGGCCAGAGGGGAUAAAUAUGGAACCUCUCUUAACUGGCGAGAUUGUUUCGAAAUUGGUACCACUUUAUUAGACGAUACCAGUUUUAAGCUAGCCAUCGACUGGUUAGAAUUGUCUCUUCUAACAUUACAAGACAGUGAAGAAUCCAUUGAAAUGAAAUCCGCCUAUAUCGCUCACAUCAAAGAAUAUUUGGCUUUCGCCUAUCAAGGUAUUGGUGAAUCGGACAUAGCUAUAGAACAUUUAGAUGACAUAUUGGAGAAUGAUGCCGAUGCCAGCGUUAAACUAACAAGAAAUCUUCUACUAAACUCAGAAACUGAUAUUAAUGAGCAUAAUGAGAAAUCGAUUGAUAAUAAUUAUGCUCGACUUUGUCGAGGAGAAAUUCUUAGAAAAUUGCAGCCACUCAGCUGUAAAUUAGAUUCAAAAUUACAUGCGUUCUUUAAGUUAUCUCCCUUACAAGUUGAACCUUUACUCUUAAAACCACCAGUAACUUUGUAUCAUAACCUUUUAAAUGAUGAACAAAUUUCAAAAUUAUUAAAAGAAACGCGCAACAGAAUGCAAAGGUCUCAAGUGGUGAGAGGUAAUGGUAGUAUUGCCAUAGAAACUCGGGUGAGUCAACAAACCUGGGUCAAUCCAAAAACAUCAGUAAUAGCUAAUAUGAUGUACAAAAUUGUGGGCGCCAUAACCGGUUUUGAUAUGGAAAAUACCGAAACCAUGCAAGUGGCUAAUUAUGGCAUUGGAGGUCAAUAUGAGGCUCAUUGCGAUUAUCUGGAAAUUUAUAAUUUUUAUUAUUUAUUUAAGCUUGAUUAUAAAACUAAUUAUCAUGGAGAUCGUAUAGCAACAAAUAUGUUUUAUCUUGCCGAUGUUGAAGAAGGCGGUCACACUGUGUUUCCUUAUUUAGAUGUUUAUUCUAAACCGAUUAAAGGUGCCAUGGUCAUGUGGUACAAUUUACAUAAAUCCUUGCAUGAAGAUCCAAGAACAUUACAUGCCGGUUGCCCUGUUUUAAAGGGCAGCAAAAAAAUCGCUAAUAUUUGGACCCAUUCCGGUUAUCAGGAGUUCCGAAGACCUUGUGGCUUGGAAAAUGAUAGUCAUGAAUAG